GUGGCGGAGCGCGCGCGGCCUGGGAGGGGCGCGCGGGGCGGCGGCGCGCGGCGGCGGCGGCGGCGGCGGCGGCGGCGGCGGCGGCUGCGGCCUGUGGCGCCGUCACCGGGCAGAGCCGAGCGGGUCCGGCUAGGCGCUGCUGCCGCUGGCCAGGUGCGCGGGGACGAUUCCGGGCUGCGCCAGGGUCCGGCCCGCCUUCCCGCCGCCGACGUCCUCCCGUCUGCGGGCCGCCAGGGUCCCGUUAUCAUGUCGCUGAGGCAGCGCCUGGCCCAGCUGGCUCGCCGUCUUCAGGAGCCGCAGAAAGUGGCCCGUUUCCAGCGGCUGUGCGGGGUGGAAGCGCUGCCUCGCCGCUCCGCCGCUCCCGCCACCGAUCCGAGGGAGGAUGAGAAGGCGGAGGCGCCCCUAGCCGGAGACGCCCGGCGCCGAGAGCCGCAGCCUCGGGCGUCUGCAGGCCCCCAGCCGCCCGGGAACGACCGCAAUCAGUGUCCCGCCAAGCCCGGCGGCGGCGGCGGCGGCGCCCCCAACGGCGUGCGGAACGGGCUGGCGACCGAGCUGGGCCCGGCCUCGCCGCCGCGCGUGGGGGCCCUGCGCCGCAACUCGCUGACGGGCGAGGAGGGUGAGCUGGCCCACGUGAGCAACUGGCCGCUCUACUACCUGUUCUGCUUCGGCACCGAGCUGGGCAACGAACUCUUUUACAUCCUGUUCUUCCCCUUCUGGAUCUGGAACCUGGACGCCCUGGUGGGCCGGAGGCUCGUGGUCAUCUGGGUGCUGGUCAUGUACCUGGGCCAGUGCACCAAGGACAUCAUCCGCUGGCCGCGGCCCGCCUCGCCGCCCGUGGUCAAGUUGGAGGUCUUCUACAACUCCGAGUACAGCAUGCCCUCCACCCAUGCCAUGUCCGGCACCGCCAUCCCCAUCUCCAUGAUCCUCCUCACUUACGGCCGCUGGCAGUACCCUCUUCUAUGUGGACUGAUUCUUAUUCCCUGCUGGUGUUCUCUAGUUUGCCUAAGUAGAAUUUACAUGGGAAUGCACUCCAUUCUGGAUAUUAUUGCCGGAUUCCUAUAUACCAUUUUAAUCUUAGCUAUCUUCUAUCCGUUUGUGGACCUGAUUGACGACUUCAACCAAACUCACAAAUAUGCCCCAUUAAUCAUCAUCGGGCUUCAUUUAGCCUUGGGGAUCUUUUCUUUCACUCUUGACACCUGGAGUACAUCCCGAGGAGACACAGCUGAGAUUCUAGGAAGUGGUGCUGGAAUUGCAUGUGGAUCUCAUGUUAGCCAUAACGUGGGUCUAAUGUUAGAUCCUUCUCUGGAUAUACUUCCAUUAGCUCUGCCCCCCAUUACCGUGACUAUGUUUGGAAAAGCCAUACUGCGGAUCCUCAUCGGGAUGGUAUUUGUACUAAUAGUCAGAGAUAUAAUGAAAAGGAUCACCAUUCCUUUAGCCUGUAAAAUCUUCAGUAUACCAUGUGAUGAUAUUCGAAAAGCAAGACAACACAUGGAAGUUGAACUUCCUUAUCGGUAUAUUACCUAUGGAAUGGUUGGUUUCUCUAUCACAUUUUUGGUUCCUUAUCUAUUUUUCUUUAUUGGUAUCUCUUGAUGCAGAAAUACUGUUUAUAAGAAAGGAGGGUAUCAGUUACUGAUAUCUAAAAAUAUAUCCUAGUUAAAAGCCAAAUCAGAGUUAGGCUUUUGCAGGAAUUUAACUUAAAUAAUUAUUUAAGUAAAUUCGUAAGAGUCAGUGCAUUUUAUCAUUGCACGUCCAGAUAUUGUUUUAGGUGAGCUGAGCUACUUCAACACUGAGAAAAUGAUAAGUAUCCAUUUAGAAUGUUCAUGUGAUGUUUGGAGAGUUUUAUGCUGUUAUGAAUUCGAGUUAUAUAUAAUAUAUAUUAAGAUACAUAAUGUACAAUUAUGUAUCUAAUGUAUGUUAUAUAUGAAAUAAUAUACCUAAGUUAUUUUAAACUGUGGGGCUGUAUUAUAAAAUCAAUAAUAAUAUGCAAACAGUGUGCCGGUAUAUUUGGAUUUAGUACAGGCACGUUGUUAUUAACAGAUAUAUUUAACAUUUAUUUACUAUGGGAACCAUUUCCUAAUUGAAUUGCAUAAUUACUAGACCAGAAUUCAUAUGCCACCACAUAAUGUUUUACUGCCUCUUUUUACACUGCCGUCACCUUUCAUGUUACCCAUGAUGUUGAGCAUGGGAGGCAUUUUUAAUGGACCAAAUUUUCAGAAAAAUUAGGGUUUUUUUUUUUUUUUUCAAUUCUGUACACUGUGUUGAAUGUACUUUAUUUGCAGUUGUUCUGGACAUCAGUUUAAUAAUUCAGGUACUGAAUUUUAUUGCUUGCUAAUUGUGCCUUUCUGUUGCUGAAUUAAGAAAUGCCAUGUAUACUGUGAUACAAAAAUAAGAUACUAUCUUUAUCUUAAGUUACAUAUAAUCAGGCAAAUGUUUUAAAAAUACAUGUCAAACUAACAGGGCUAGAAGCAAGCCACCCUCAAUUCUUUAGCCUUUGUUUGGAAAGAAAUGUGGAAUGGGUUAAACUUUCUCACUAAUUUAUUGGGUAGCUAAAUGGAUAAGUAUUUCCAUUUUUGUAGGUAUUUUUCUGUGCAUUGUAAGUUUUAGGAACAAGAUAUAUUUUUUGUACAUUGUCUUGAUUGUUUAUACUGCAGGUAGAUACUUCCAAUGAAUGGAAAUGUAAUUGAAAUUUAUAGAUGGGACAAUGCACACACUUAAUUUAUAAACAAACCGUUUUUCUAAAUUAUUUGGAAAGGAUUGGAUUUAGCAGUGUUAACUUUUAAUACCCAUUUAUUAGCUACUUAAGGUGAAUUACAAAAUCUGAAAGUAUCAGUAUUUUAGAUCCUAUUAUUUUUUCAGUUUUUAUUAUUUCCACAGUGGAAAAUUUGGGUAUUAAACUAUUCUUUCUUCUGUCUGUGCCUUUAUAUUUUGAAGUGUAAUUGUAAUUAGGUUAACAUUAAGUUUAUUUGUAGUAAGUUUUUCUUAAGAGAAUUAACUUUCCAUAUAAAUGAGCAUCAGGUAUGGAAUUACUGACUUUAGUGCAAUAUCUGUCUGAUUAUCCAGAAGUAUCACUUAAGAUGUUUCUAUUUUGGACAGCAUAACUAUUUGGACUCAUAUUUUUAUAAUUCCGAUUGAGAAUUUAGGGACAUGGUAAUUUUUACCAACAUUGAAUAUGAUAAUUUUAAGUAAAACAACUAAAUUUGGGACCUUUAGCUGUUAGUAGGAAACCGAGGCACUUAGGAACAUAUCGGUACGUUGGAAAAUGUGCAAAGACCUUUUCUUUCAAAAUGUGUUUAAUGAAUUGAAUUUUAGGAACUAUUUCCCAUAAUUUGGGCCUAUGCUAUCUUAUUAAUUUUUAUAUCUAGCUUAAAAGGUAUUUGAAAAUAUUCCAUUUCUUUGUGAUUUAUUAUUUUCUGUCCUAUGGUAUCUCCAUGCUAAAUGUAUUUUAAAAUAAAAGCCAAAUUCAGAAUUGAAGAGUAUUUUGUUUUGUUUACCUUCUUUGCAUUUGUUCUCUGUAUUGUCUGAUAUUUAUAAAAUAUAUUUAGGAUUUUCAUGCUAGCAGGCUUUUCCUCUGAAGCAUCUUAUUCAAAACCAGAGUUCUGUUUUCAGUAACAGAAGAUAUCAAAGAAAUUCUUCAGGGUUCAAACUGACUUUGGGCUCCAAUUGUGAUCAUUCUGACAUUGUACUUUUAGUAAAAAGUUUCAUAAUAUUAAGAAACAUGAAUAAAAUGUUUCAGCAGAAUCUGUGGCCAAUGGUAUUAUAGGUAGUUGACUGCCAAUUCAUCGUCUCAGGCAUUAGACACAGUAUUAGGAACAGGUUUUUGUUGUUAAUGUUUAUUUUUGAGAGACAGGGAGAGAGCAGGGGAGGGGCUGAGGGAGAGAGGGAGACACAAUCCGAAGCAGGCUCCAGGCUCUGAGCUGUCAGCACAGAGCCUGAUGCAGGGCUCGAACCCAUGAACCGUGAUAUCAUGACCUGAGCUGAGGUGGGAGGUUUAACUGACUGAGCCACCCAGGCACUCCAGGAACAGGGUUUUUUUGUUUUGUUUUGUUUUAAUGUUUAUUUAUUUUGAGAGAGAGAGUGAGUGUGUGCUAGCUGGCAAGGAGCAAAGAAAGAAUCCCAAGCAGGAUCCACGCUGUCUGUCAUCCCAGAGCUGGACGUGGGGUUUGAUCUCACGACCAGGAGAUCACGACAGGAGUGGAAACCAAGAGUUGGACGCUUAACCAGCUGAGCCACCCAGGUACCCCAGGAAUAGGUAUUUUUUCAAGCUGAAUUAACAUAUGGACAUUUCAUUUUGUAACUUUAAAAUGCUGUGAUAUGUCAGUUGCAAAACCUAGGUCUGCCAGAAACUCAUUAUAAGACCUAAUGUAAAACAAUGUGACUACAGUAGAUUUGUAUAAUUAUUUUUAUUUACUAGCUUCCUUUAUAAUCUUUAGUAAAUGUGUCUUUCAAACGCAACAAAAAUUCAGUGAUAGGAGUAUAAUUUAAAAGAAAAUUUUCAUAAAAUAUUCCCUAAAAAUACUAGAAUGUUUUAAUUUUGAAUAUAUGAUCACAUAAUUUUAUACUGCAAAGAUUUUUUAUUAGCAAAACAAUUUCAUUCUUGUUAACAAGGUUUUCACUAGAUUUAAAAAUCUGUUUAAUCUGGACAUGAGUAAGGACCAAUUUUUAAAAUUCAGUUUAAAAGUUGAAUUAGUUUUUCUGAAGGGAGUUUUUAUUGUUUGCUAAAGAGAUUUUUUUGGAAAGGGAACAAGCAAUAUUUUGAGAAGAGUACUGUAACUGGACAUAGUGGAUGGUACCAUGCAGGAUAUUUUGUCAGAUUUUGGUCAUGUUCUUCCAGUUUCUUCUGUAGUGUACUUAAGUUAAAAAGAAAAAAAAAAACAAAAAAACCUCUUUACACACUUAAAUUUUAAUUGUGGUUACAUAAGCUGCAAAUAGCACAAUAAAAAUAAAUUUUAACACGCUAACUGUAAAGGACAUUUUAGAAAACUCUCCAUUUUUAAGCCCACUACACAUCUUUAUAAACAAAGCAUGCCCUGCUUAUAAGGCAGGAGGGAGAAUUCAAAGAAAAAUAGAAGAAACAUUUAAAAAAAAAAUGUUUCCAGAAAUAAACACUAAUUUGUUAAUUUCAACUAGCAGGUAUUUUAUAAAUUUGUCUUUUUCCUUUCAUCAUCUUUAGUCGGUGCAUUUUUUUUAAAUGUUUAUUUUUGAGAGAGAGAGCGCAAGCGCAAGUUGGGGAGGGGCAGAGAGAGAGGGAGACACUAAAUCCGAAGCAGGCUCCAGGCUCUGAGCUGUCAGCACAAAGCCCGAUGCGGGGCUUGAACCCACAAACUGUGAGAUCAUGACCUGAGCCAAAGUCGGAAGCCUAACCAACUGAGCCACCCAUGCACCCCUAGUCUUGGUGCAUUUUCCACCAUUUAAAACAGCCCAGCCCCUAGCACUGCAAGCAACAGGAUAUGACAGAAUAGGUUUGUAUUUUAGGAGGUUCCCCCCAUUUUCUGAAAGCCAAAUGAAUUGUGAAAUUGCUUUGUGACCCAUACUAACCAAUUAUAUCAUGAUGUCUACAACGUUGUUAGGUUUAUGUCACCAAGCCCAUUAUCUCAGGUUGUAAAAUUUCAUACACUUACCUUACCUAUUAUGCUAUUUGCAGUAUUUGAUUUAAUACAUGUUUUCAAAGUUUUUGUUACAUAAUGACCUUUUCUUAGGAGAUAUAAAAUGGAUUCUUU